AUGCUGUUCUUACGCCAUAGUCUUCUAGCUCCCUCGCUAGUAUCGCUCCUACUCACAGGCGAUGCGGUCGCCGAUGACGCGCGAAUACGAGCCCGCGAGGCGCUCGAAACCCUCCAGGGCUGGUAUAAUGCCUCGAGUGGCAUUUGGGAUACAUGUGGUUGGUGGGAUGGUGCGAGCUGCAUGAAUACAAUCGCGGAUUUAGCUGCUCUGGACCCAGCAGUGAUGGCCACCGCGACAUAUGUCUUCAAUAAUACAUUCAACGUGGGGCCUGUAUCGAACCCGAAUCCCGGACCUGAGCACAAGACUGUUUUUACGCGUGGGAAUCAACAAUCGAAUGCUGUCAAUGCCAGCCAGUGGCUUGAUCAGGCCUAUGACGAUGAUGGGUGGUGGGCCUUGGCAUGGAUUGGCGCAUACGACGUGACCAAGGAAGCAACAUACCUGGAAUUGGCGGAGGGAAUUUUCCAGAGCUUGGUGGAUGCAUGGGGCACAAAUUGUGGCGGCGGUGGUAUUCCUUGGAACCCGUCGAGCACAUAUGUCAAUUCGAUCACGAACGAACUGUUUAUGUCCGUCGCAGCACAUCUUGCCAACCGAGUCCCCGAGAGAAAAGAGUACUAUGUCCGUUGGGCUCAGAAAGAAUGGGACUGGUUCACAUCGCAGAGUUUCUUUGGUGAAAAUGGGACUAUCAAUGAUGGACUUUUGGAGAACUGCCAGAAUAAUGCUGAUACUGUAUGGUCAUACAACCAGGGGGUCGUCCUCGGCGGGCUAGUCGAGUUGGACAAAGCGGCACCGAACAACACAUACAUACCCUCAGCCAACAAGAUCGCAAAGGUUGCUAUCGAAACACUGGCCGAUUCCAACAAUGUGAUCCACGAAUUCUGUGAGCCCGAGUGUCUCCCAGACGGCACACAAUUCAAGGGCAUCUUCAUUCGCAAUCUGCGGAAGCUGCAGAAAGCGUCCCCGCAUGCUCUGUACCAGGAGGUCAUCAGCAGCUGUGCGGAAAGCAUUUGGGCCAACGAUCGCAAUGAAAAAGGCCAAUUCGGCGUCAAUUGGGCUGGUCCCAUUCAGGCGGUGGUGGAUGCUUCGACACAUAGCUCUGCCCUCGACGCGCUGGUCGCGGCAGUUGCUGCAGUGAGUCCUUAG